GCUCUGGACACUAGUGGGAGGCCUUUUCUCUGGCCCAUCACCUGCACCCCCAGCACCCACAGGAUGGCCCAAAAGGGUGAGAAAAGCAGCCUCUGAGAACGGCAGUCACUAUCCCGGUAGCUAGGAAGGUAGCUGGAGUUCAGGUGUAUCCUGAAGAAAAGGUGGGGCCGGUGCAGGGUCUCCCCAGACCUGGGGGCAGGGGGCACUGCUCAGCAGCUAAUUACAUGAGAAAGAAGUGUCCGCCAGACCUCAAAGGGGCUCUCCCUCCAUCUCUUCCUCGGCAGGUGAGCGGACGCCAGGUACUGGAUGCCUCAGAUUUUGCCAUCCUCCUGGAAAACAGUAGUUGUUCCUACGACUAUCCAGAUAAUGAGAAUGGCACCUGCUGCACCUCCCCACCCUGCUUGCAGGACUUCAGCUUGAACUUCGACAAGGCCUUCCUGCCAGCCCUCUACAGUCUCCUUUUUCUGCUGGGUCUGCUGGGCAAUGGUGCUGUGGCAGCUGUGCUGCUGAGCCAGCGGGCAGCCCUGAGCAGCACCGACACCUUCCUACUCCACCUGGCCGUGGCUGACACCUUACUGGUGCUGACCCUCCCGCUCUGGGCAGUGGAUGCUGCCGACCAGUGGAUCUUUGGCUCCUGCCUCUGCAAAUUGGCAGGUGCCCUCUUCAACAUCAACUUCUAUGCAGGGGCCCUCCUGCUGGCCUGCAUCAGCUUUGACCGCUACCUGAGCAUAGUGCAUGCAACCCAGCUCUACCGCCGGGGCCCCCGGGCACGCGUGGUCCUUACCUGUGUAGUUGUGUGGGGCCUCUGCCUGCUCUUUGCCCUACCGGACUUCAUCUUCCUGUCAGCUCACCACGACGAGAGGCUUAACGCCACCCAUUGCCAGUACAGCUUCUUGCAGGCAGGUCACACAGCUCUGCGCCUACUGCAGCUAGUGGCUGGCUUCCUGCUGCCUCUGCUGGUUAUGGCCUAUUGCUAUGCCCGCAUCCUGGCAGUGCUGCUGCUCUCCAGGAGCCAGAGGCGCCUGAGGGCCAUGCGGCUGGUGGUGGUCGUAGUGGUGGCCUUUGCCCUCUGCUGGACUCCCUACCACCUGGUGGUGUUGGUGGAUAUCCUCAUGGACCUGGGUACCUUGGCCCGCAACUGUGGCCAAGAAAGCCGUGUGGAUGUGGCCAAGUCAGUCACUUCAGGUCUGGGCUUCAUGCACUGUUGCCUCAACCCUCUGCUCUAUGCUUUCAUGGGCAUCAAGUUCCGUGAGUGGAUGUGGACACUGUUGGUGCGUCUGGGCUGCUUUGGCCAGAGAGUGCUCCAACGACAGCAGCCAUAUUCUUCCCGCAAAGACUCAUCCUGGUCUGAGACCACAGAGGCCUCCUUCUCAGGUUUGUGAAGCUGGAAUUGGCCUCCUCUUUUACCCACACAACCUGACAACAUGUCUGCCUUCUCACACACACACAUUUCUCCCUCUGCUAAGCCUGCCCUGGAUCCCUCCAACAACCUUGUUCCUGGAACUCAUUGGCAAUCGCAAAAUCACCCAGUAUCUCAAGGAGCCACCCUUCCUGGCUCUGGAAAAUUAGCCUAGGCCUCUAGCUCAGGUGUGUUCUCCAAGCCCUCUGAAUUUGCUUACUUUCAUGUCUAAAAUCAAUAAACAAGAUGA